AUGAGCCCAAGGCUCGCAGGAUCAGCAGGAGAGCUGCGCGGCAACAACUGUGAAGAGAUGGCAGCAACAUCUUCUGCACCGCCAAAUCCCGGAGAAGCUUCCAUGCCUGAUGGCAUUCUUCCCGCCUCGCAUUGGCAGCAGACUCAGCUCCCAGCUGUGAACGACGAUGCUGAUUCAGCGUACGGCUCACAAUGGUCCGAGACCACCUCGCUGUCAAGCAGUGUCCGCAGGUAUCGAGUCUUGCAGGGCAGAACUUACCACGCAGACAUCGGCGCAGCGGAGUCCUGGGAACCGAAUGACAACAGGCAUAUCGAAAGUAUGGACCUGCUACACUUUAUGGUCACUUUGGUGAUGGGUGAUAAACUCUUUUUGGCCCCGGUCGAAAAUCCCCAGAAGGUUCUGGACGUUGGGACAGGAACAGGUCUCUGGGCUAUUGAGUUUGGCGAUUUAUACCCCGGCGCUGAAGUAAUCGGCACCGACAUCACCCCGAUCCAGCCAUCCUGGGUUCCUCCCAACGUCAGAUUCGAGAUCGAGGAUGCCAAUCUCGACUGGGCUCGCGAAGACAAUACGUUCGACUUCAUCCAUGCUCGUACCCUGACUGGCAAUAUUCUUCACUGGGAUCACUUUUUCGCGGAGGCUUAUCGCUGUCUGAAGCCAGGUGGCUGGCUAGAAAGCCAGGAGCUAGAUUUUGGAUGGAAAGUUCUGGACGGCGAGAUUCCGGAAGACAGUGCUAUGGGUCAGUAUGUUAAGGUGUGGCAUGCUGGCGGAGAGAAGACGGGGCGGUCAUUCCGUGUGGUGGAUGAUAACCUGCAGGAAAAGUGGAUGGAGAGGGCAGGGUUUGUGGACAUCGAGGUCAAAGAUCUGUUCUGUCCCUAUGGUGCUUGGCCAGAAGAUCCGAGAGAGAAGGAGGCGGGUAUCCUUUCUAAGGCCGCGUUUGAGAAUGAUAUGGAGGGCUAUAUCCUUCAUAUCUGGCAUGCUGUUCUAGGAUGGACACCAGAGGAGAUCCAGAACUACGUUGCUCACCUCCGCCGCGAGCUCCGGAAUCCAAACCUGAAAAUCUACUUCAAGCGUCGGGUAGUUAUCGGGAGGAAGCCACAAAAUCUGUGA